CAGCGCUGAAUUUUCCCUGCAGCGCACCGUGCGCUAUCGCUAGAGUGGAAAAAAAUAUUCCUGUCGGACGCGAGCUGCGCGGCCCCGACAACGAUCCUCUCUAAAGCGGAGAGUCAGUGAGACUCAAAAAAACUUCUGAGCACCGACAGGCAGGAGUCUGGCAAUCCAGGGGACAGGGGGAAAAGCUUCGGCAUCAGCGCAAAAUCAGCUCACAUUACGACGGUCCUGUUUACGCAGUCGAGCCGAAUCCCGGCAAUCAUGGACGAUUUAGACGCCUUGCUGGCAGACUUGGAGUCGACCACCUCGCACAUUUCCAAGCGCCCAGUCUUCCUCCCCGACGAGACGCCGUACUCGUACCCGACGGGCGGCCACACCUACCAGGAGUUCCACGUCCCGCCGCCGGUGCCCCCCCCGCCGUCUGCCGACGCCCUGAACGGCACUGUGCUGGAACCCCCGGGCUCGCACCGCUCCUCCGUGCAGUCCGUCGGCUCUGCCCAGAAGAGCGCUUGGUCCCAGGACAGCAGCUCCCCUCGGUCUCACAGCGAGGAAGAUCACGUCUACAGUUUCCCCAACAAGCAGAAGGGUUCAGACUCCGCGGGCGCGAUGAGCUCAUCGCUGGGCAGCAACCUGUCCGAACUGGAUCGGUUGCUGCUAGAGCUCAACGCCGUGCAGCAUAGCGCCCCCUGCUUCCCGACUGAAGAGGACGCUGUCCCACCCCUGCUGUCUGGGGCCCCCACCCUAUAUGGGAAGGAGAAUGGGGUCUCGGUGGCAGCCAAGGCGCCCCCACCUACUGUGGAGAAGCCCAAGCGUCGGGUGGUGGAGGACGUGCGGCCCAGCGUGGAGAACCUUCUCGACCAGCUGGAGAGCUCGGUGCCACGCCCUGUCCCCACCCCCUCCGCCACCCAGAGCGUCCUGGACGACACGCAGGAAUCGGCGGCGGCGCAGCAGAGUCGCAUCUCUGCCUCGUCUGCGACGCGGGAGCUGGACGAGCUCAUGGCCUCCCUGUCCGACUUCAAGGUCCAGAGCAAUUCUGGUUCUCUGGGGCCCGUUAAUGCAGGACCCCUGUGUGAUAUGGGGGCCGGAUUCCCUCAUUUGACUCUGUCCUCAUUUGCCCCAACCUCAGUAAUGAGCCUACCUUGCAGCCCCCAUUACCUGCCCCCCUGGGAUGACCCUCAAGCCUGUGCUCCUGAGGUUAUGGAGUUGCGCAUUGAUGAGGAUGCACAUGACCCCAGAGGGACCGCUGCCACGGCGGUCACUGCACCACGGUCCUCCUGUGCUCUCUGCACGUCCGCGUCCCCUGUCGCCUUGUCCUACACGCCCCAGUUCACGGAGUCGGCCAUGUUAAUCCAGUCUGCAGGAGACAACCUUCUGACCUCUGCCUUUAAGGGGAGCUCCUGUGUGAACUCGUCAGGGACCUUCUGUCACCCCAGGAACUCUGUGGUUCGAUCAUCAGAGCCAGUAGACAAUCUGGUGGAAGCUGCUCCAGUUGCUCCUGUCAGUGACCCAUACUUCAUUUCCGUUUGUGAGACCUCCAGUACGCCACCUUGUCUUGCCAUCAAUUCUCCCAGUUCCUCAAUACUACCGACGACUCCUGCACCAAAGACUCACAGUCCUUCCUUUCAGUCUAUCAAGUCUGUCACCCCUGCUCCUGGUACUUCUAACCUCUCCAGUACAACAGAUCUUACUGAUACUGGUCUUCCAGGUUUUGCAGUGGAAGGCAAGCAGUCAUACACCACUGAAGUUCCUUUACAGUACUCCAGGACAGUAGAUUCUGUCCCCAAGGUUCAAGGAAUAGAGGGAACCUCGGCUGGUCCAGGUCCCUCAUUGGACAGCAUGCUGGAAGACCUGUUGGAGGUGUGCUUUUCCAAGGCAAGGAAGCAGGAGGUUAAGGAGAACACCUCACCCCUAUCUAUGUGUGGCGGAUACCCCAUAUCUGGCAUUGCUGAGCAGGGCGUCUGGGGGAGCAGCAUUGAGGAGAGGGGCUUGCGGGACUCCAUGAACUUUGGAUCAGGGCUGACUGAGGAAGGACAAGACGGGACGAUGACGCCCCAGACUGAAGCCAGCUGGAUGGAUGACUCUUUGACCCCAUCGCCUUGCCCUCAGACCCCAGAUACCUCGCUGGACCUGCCCCUACUGCAGCCCUCAGCUGUGGAGAGGAUGUCUGCGUCCGGCCAUCUCAAGUCUGUGAUCCGACGCACCAAGGAGAUUCCCAAUGUACACCCCAUGUACCGUGAUGGGAACCAGCGGCCCAAGCUGGGUCCGGUCAUCUUUCACAAGAGCAAGUCCCAGGAUAGGCUUAUUGAGGAACUGCAGGGCAAGCUGGGCAUCGGGCAUAUCGAACACAGGCGCGAGCCAUUGGACGACUGGCUCACGGAGGGCUUCGUCAUCACGUCCAAUCAGAGGUCGCGUGAGGACUGCACCUCGGUUUCCGUGGACAAGAUCAUCAUUCCUCCAGCCUCAUCUGUUCCUCAGAGGAAGGUCUUUCCCCCUCCUCUGUCUCCAUCAGAGACCUCGCCCUCCCUCCCGUGCCCCAUUGCUUCGGGAAAACCAAAAAUUCAGCUCCCCCUGAACCAGCUUCCAUCACCUCACCCAUCCUCAUCCCCACCCCCUCAGCUUAGCCCAGCUAAAACCCUGCCGAAAGUCGCCUUCCCACCUCGGGAAUCCCCCAGUCAACUCCAGCCCCAUCAAGCUCAAUCUCCCCGAACACCUCCCAUCACCGCCUACGCCCACCAGUUACAGAACUUCCCCCCAGAACCAGCUAUCCCGAUUCCACCUUACCCUCUCCCAGUCCAGGCCACCCCUCAAGUUUCAGCUCCCGUACCAAAGGUCCUGGUGUCCGUAGGCUGCCAAACCGAUGAUGAUCCUCUCUUCCCUCCAAUGGUCCAGGCAGGAGUCUCGCUCUCUCUCUCUCUCUCUCUCUCUCCCUCUCCCUCUCUCUCUCUCUCUCUC